GAUGGCGUCAUACCAGCCGUGGGCGUGGCUAUCGCUAAUGUUUUUGCAAAUAAGCUCUUGGCUUGUUGUUUCUAACUUUCGGGUGAAGCUGAAUUGAAACAAUAAUGGUGCGUUUGGCCCGGCAAUGGAGCGAUUCCACUCGAGUGUCCACCUGCAGGACUGAAUGAAAUGUUCUGGAUGGGUUGAAGGCAAAGUGAGCCGGUCUCAUUUGGAGACAAAUAACGGGACGGUCCGCCACCACAGUGCUGCUAGCCGGCUAGCUAAAUCGGGCUAAAUUGUUAUGGAGACUUUUUCCAAAUACUCCUGGAUCGAUUUCGUCUUUUCCAUCGUCGGAGUGUUUACUUUCUUGGCGGACUGGGGCUCCGACCUGUGGGUCGCUGUGGAGUUUUACUGCCACGGCGACUUUUUGUGGUUCGGCGCACUGGUCGCCCUCAUGAUCCUGUCGUCAUCCGUGCUCCAAAUGUUCAGCUGGUUCUGGUUGAAAUAUGACCGCCACCUGCCCGGGUUCCGAAGCGAGAUCGGAGCCGAAGCUGUGCUCUUCGUGGACAAAGUCAAACUUAGCUGCCUGUUGCACGUGCUGCAGUUGGGGUUCCUUUGCAGGCACAUCUCAGCCAUCCGGCAAGGCUUCCGGGUAUGGUGGCGGAAAGAGGAAGGCUCCGAGUACGCCGUCUACCUGACCCACGACCUCAGCAUGCUGCGGCUCAUCGAGACGUUCUGCGAGAGCGCUCCUCAGCUGACGCUCAUGAUCUAUGUGGUGCUGCACACCAACAAAGCCAGGACCGUCCAGUUCGUCAGCAUUGUGGCAUCGACCACGUCCAUCGCCUGGAUGGUGGUGGACUACCACCGCUGCUUGCGCGCCUUCCUGCCAGACAAGGCCAAGCAGGGCUGGGGUUCUUCUUUGGUCUACUUCCUUUGGAACCUGCUGCUCAUCUCCCCGCGCGUGGCUGUCCUGGCCCUCUUCUCGUCUGUCCUGGCCCCCUACGUUGCCGCCCACUUCCUGAUCCUCUGGUCUGGCUUUGUUGUCUGGGCGUGGCGACAGAGGACCGACUUCAUGGACAGCGUGGGUGGGGAGUGGCUCUACCGGGCCACCGUGGGGCUCAUUUGGUACUUCAGCUGGUUUAACGUCGCCGAGGGUCGGACUCGAAGCAGGAGCAUCAUCUACCACGCCUUCAUCACGACCGACGGGGGGAUCCUGCUGGCCACUUGGUGGUGCUACCGCGACCCCGUGACCUCCCAGCCCUAUGCGGUGGCGCUGCUCAUCACCCUACCUCUUACCUACUUGCUGGGACUCCUUAAAUGCAUCUACUACUGUUGCUUCCACCCGAAACUGUGGAGGCCCCCGCUGAGGGAACCGGGACUGCCCGACGACUUGCCCGACGCGGAAGUGUCCUUCAGAGAAUUUCCCAUCCAGGAUGGGACUCUGUCCUCGCAGCUGCUCAACAAAAGGAUGGCGCACAAUGCCGCACUCUUCUACUCCAGUCUGUAGAAACGCGACAAGAUAUCUUCUUAACCAAUUUUUUGUGUGUACUCUGGAUACUGUACACCUGCACAAACUCAUGAUAUCCAAUACAAGAGACACGUAAAACUGACUGAUAACGAUGCGAUGCAGUUGUACCCCACUGCAAACUACAAACGGAAAAUAAUUGUUCAAUAAUACCUCUCAUACAUUAUCAAUUAAAACUGAGCCCAGUUGAUUAUGAAAGGCAGAUGAAUACAGUUCUGUUGAUUGUGUGGGUGUACCUAAUGAAAAGUCUAGUCAUAUCUAUGUCAUUACGUAUCUAUCUGCCAUAGUAAUUGAAUAUUAUUUUUAAAAAAUAAUUAAACUCCAAUCGUCCCAUGAUACCCAUACGCUGGUGGUAUAAAGCUGUUUACAAAGUUACAUCGUCUCAUGUGUAAUGACCUGUUGUGAAUUACAAAAAGGGACAUUUUUACAAGCUAGUUUUUCCAAAAAGACUUUCUACAUAUUCACUAUUAAUAAAUCACUGUUUCAAUGAGGUAGCAUUGCUGUUAUUGCAGUGUAGUUAC